AUGAGUUCUUCAUCGACUUCUGUGGUGGUGAUGGAUGACGUGAAGGACCUCAAACAGACUAUUCUGUUCUUCGGCAACGACUUUCCCCCUGAAGCAAACACCGUAUUUCGAAGCCUAUACAGAAGCAGCAAGGACCAACGAUGCAGCACACUAGCCUAUUUCCUAUCAUUAAGCAAUGAUGCCAUUAAAGACGAAGUUGCCCUCCUGCCAAGGUCAUGGCAGAAGCAUGUACCGCCGGUUACUGAUUUCCUGGCACUGGUAAACAAUACUGCAUUUAGGAAAGGCCCUCUCGGGGGAGCAAUGGAAGGCGUCUUUCUAGCUGUUUUUCAAAUCGGAUCGAUAAUCGCCCACCACGAAGUCGAGGGCAUAUUCUAUGAAUUCGACAAGCCAGGCACAACCUUGGCAGGCCUUGGCUGUGGCCUCCUGGCUGCGUCUGCAGUUGCCGUUUCGCCAACACUUGUUGAUUUAGCGGUAGCUGGAGCGCAAAGUAUCAGAAUAGCGUUCAGAUUGGGAAUCCACGUCUACGAGAUUUCGUCAAUGCUGGAAGCUCCUCUAGCAGACCCCGAAUCUGAAAGCUGGGCUUAUGUUGUUCCUGGACUUUCUGAGGAUGUUGUGCAGACAGAAAUUGACGAUUACAACCAAAGGACUUCAAAUACAGGUCUAACCUCGGUGUUUAUAAGCGCCUCUGACAAAACAUCCGUGAGUAUCAGCGGGCCACCAUCACGACUCAGAGUGUGCUUGAAAGACUCCGACGUUCUCCGAUAUUCGAAUUUCUUUACACUUCCUGUUCAUCAUGGCCUUUGUCAUGCACCUCACAUAUACUCGCAAGUGGAUGUCGAUACGAUUAUCGGAAAUAUACAAUUGGUGAAUGGUGAAUCGCCAAGGGUAUUGCUUCCACUACUGUCCUCAGAGACAGGAAACGCAUUCACUUGUCGAAAUUUUGAGGAGCUCUCAGCAGAAGUUGUGGACCAACUUCUGACCCGGAAAAUUCAUGUAGACAAUAUUACUCGCGGCCUUCUAUCGACUCUACCACCUGCUCCAAGUACUUGUGUCCUUUGGAGCUUCAAGAAAUCUCUGAUACUGAGUGCGAUUAUCCAAAAAAUUGAGGCCAGCCCAGAUUCGCCACAAAUUGAACUGAAGGAUCUAGUGAAGUGGGUGAGCCAGGAGUUCAACACCACCAUUCCACGCUCCCCGAAACAAGCGAAGUUGGCUAUUGUAGGCAUGUCUUGCCGCCUGCCUGGCGGAGCCAAUAACCUCGAGCUGUACUGGCAACUCCUGGCUGAGGGCCGUAACGCAUGCAGUACUGUUCCACCAGACAGGUUUGAUCUAAGCACACACUACGAUCCAGCUCGUAAGAUCGAGAAUACAACUCCAACACCCUUCAUGAAUUUCAUGGAGAACCCGGGAUUUUUCGACGCGGGAUUUUUCAAUAUGUCUCCGAGGGAAGCGUUGGAGACAGACCCCAUGCAUCGAUUAGCCCUCGUUACUGCAUACGAGGCGCUCGAAAUGGCUGGCUACUCCCCUGACCGUACUCGAUCAACCAACCGCACGCGUAUUGGCACAUACUAUGGCCAAGCAAGUGAUGACUACCGUGAGCUAAAUGGAAGCCAGAAUAUUGGAACUUACGCAGUACCAGGUGGAGAAAGAGGUUUUGCAAACGGCCGCAUCCAGUACUUUUUCAAGUUCAGCGGCCCUAGCUUCAACAUAGACGCUGCCUGUUCCAGUUCCUUAGCGGCAGUGAACGCGGCCUGCACUGCUUUGUGGGCUGGGGAGGCUGAUACAGUGCUUGCUGGAGGUUUGAACGUCAUCACUGAUCCUGAUAAUUUCUGUCAACUGGGCAAUGGGCAUUUUCUGUCAACCACAGGGCAAUGCAAAGUCUGGGAUGAGGCCGCAGAUGGUUACUGUCGUGCAGAUGGAGUGGGCUGCGUUGUCAUAAAACGGCUUGAGGAUGCAGAAGCCGACAACGAUAAUAUAUUGGGUGUUAUUCUUUCUGCAGCGACUAAUCACAAUUCUGACGCUGCAUCCAUCACUCAACCUCAUGCCCCGACGCAGAUGCUGAACUAUGAAAACGUCAUGUUCAGUGCAGGUGUUGACCCAUUGAACGUGAGUUAUGUCGAGCUUCAUGGAACUGGCACUCAAGUCGGGGAUCGUGAGGAGUCGAGAUCUGUUGCGGAGGUGUUUGCGCCGCUUACACCUCAGAAGCGUCGCAAGAGUCAGAAGCUAUUGGUUGGCGCGGUAAAAUCUAAUAUAGGCCACGGAGAGGCUGCUGCUGGUAUUGCCUCUCUUAUAAAAGUGCUCUUGAUGUAUCAGAAUGGGUUGAUUCCGGCGCAUAUCGGCAUGAAAAAGAUGAACCCUUUGAUCCCGCAGGAUUUGGCAGAACGCAACAUGGGUCUUAACCUGGAGUUGAGUGAGUGGCCAAAACCCGCGAAAGGACCUCGCUACGCUGUUGUCAACAACUUCGGGGCUCAUGGAGGAAACACUACGCUGCUCCUUGAAGAUGCCCCGGGGAGGCAAUUGAGAGGGCAUGACCCCCGUACUUCUUAUCCUAUCACGGUUUCCGCUCGGAGCAGGGUCUCUCUAAAAAUGAAUAUUGAGGCGUUGAUUGAAUAUCUGGAUGAAAAUGAAAAUGUUAAUCUGGGAGAUUUGUCGUAUACGUUGUGUGCCCGGCGUAUACAUCACCCCUUUCGAGUAUCCUCGUGUGUGAAUAGUAUCAGCGACCUGCGCAAUUUUUUGGUUCGACAAGUUGAAGCAGCUCCUUCAACGGAGGCAAUUCCAUUGAAGUCACCUGGUAUCGCUUUCGUCUUUACCGGUCAAGGCUCAUUUUACAACGGUAUCGGUAGCGACUUGUACAAUCACUAUCCGGCAUUCACAGCAGAGGUUAACCGCCUCAACAGAUUGGUAGAAGGUCUUGGCUUCCCAUCAGUAGUACCUUACAUAAAGGGUUCUGAUACAGCGGACGUAUCUCCCAUUAUCUCUCAGCUGUCAAUUGUGGUCAUUCAAAUAGCAUUGAUCAGGUUCUGGGGUGCUUUGGGCGUGCAGCCAGUGGCUGUGCUAGGCCAUAGUUUGGGAGAAUUCGCUGCCUUUGUAGCGUCUGGUACACUCUCUGAAGUAGACAGUAUUUUCCUCGCUGGCUGUCGAGCAGCUAUGGUGACGAAAUCAUGCGAGCAAGGCAAGCACAGGAUGCUUGCAGUUCGGGCAUCUCUCACAGAACUUCAGAGCCUGCUUUCCGAGGCUGAUAACACAUAUGAAGUAUCGUGCAUCAAUACUGAGAAUGACACUGUCAUCAGUGGUCCAACCGAGAGCAUUGAGAAGAUUAAUAUGGAUCUGAAGAGCAAGGGGUUGAAGUGUCUUUUGCUUGAUGUACCCUUCGCAUUCCAUUCUAAGCAGAUGGAUCCUAUCUUGGAGCCGUUCGAACGUCUAGCUGAAAAUGCCACAUUUAAAGCCCCGAACAUCCCAGUCAUUUCUCCUUUGUUGGCUGAAUGCAUAUUUGACGGGAAAACAUUAAAUGCCAGCUAUCUCAAGCGGGCAACAAGAGAAGUAGUUGAUUUUGUGGGUGCACUCGAUGCCGCACAAGAGCUCGGCAUUGUCGAAGCAGAUACAAUUUGGAUGGAGCUUGGGCCGCAUUUUGUCACCGGCCAUUUCGUGAAGAAUAUUCUCUCCUCGCAAAGAGUCUUACCAUCCCUCCAGCGCGACGUGAAUAACUUCGCCACAAUUGGCUCUUCAUUGGCCUGGUUGCACAAUAAUGGCGUUGAUGUGUCGUGGAAUGAGUACUACCGUCCUUACGAGACAGCGCAUAAUCUUCUUACGCUCAAGUCAUACAAAUGGAACGAGAAAAACUACUGGAUCCCGUAUCUCGGCACGUGGACACUCGACAAAGCUCUCCUCAAGUACAAUCUGCAAAAAGAUUCCUCAAAAAGUACUGACAUUUCUUUGUCGGUCAAAUUGAAGACCUCCUUGGUGCACGGCAUUCUCUCAGAGACAAUUGGCGAAUCAACGGCUUCUAUAAGCACUCUUUCCAACAUGAUUGACCCGGCUUUCUUAGAAGCCAUGGAAGGACACGUGAUGAAUGGGCAUGGGGUCGCUACACAGUCUAUCUGGGCUGACAUGGCUUUCACGGUUGGCAAAUACUUGCACGAUCAAGUUGAUCCCAAGUCAAAGGAGUUCGUCAUGAGUGUGAAUAAUAUGAUCAUUCUCGAGGGACAGGUCGCAAAUCCUACCAGAGGUAGCAAGCAACUCCUACAGCUAGAGGCACAAUUAGAUUUAACCACUCGUGCAAUGCCUGUUCAGCUGUACAACGCUUCCGAUGAUGGUGUUCGUGCAGCCGAGCCCUUUGGUAGCUGUGUAGUCACAUUUGAAGACGGGGCGGUUUGGCAAGAAGAAUGGAGGAGGCUUCAACAUCUUGUCAUUGGCCAGAUACGAUCUCUUGAAACUCUUGUAUCCCAGGGGAAAGCCAAUAGAUUGACUAGGAACAUGGCCUAUACACUCUUUAAGAAUGUUGUGGAUUACGCAGACAGAUACCGAGGCAUGCAGUCGGUUAUUAUCAGUGAUUACGAAGCCUCCGCAGAAAUAACGCUCUCCAGCGAUGAGGCUGGUAUCUGGCAUACUCCGCCUCACUGGAUUGACAGUGUCGCUCACUUGGCUGGACUAAUUGUCAACGGCAGUGAUGCUUCCAAUACUGCGGAUUACUUCUACGUCACUUCCGGGUGGGAGAGCAUGCGCUUUGGUAAGCCCCUUGUAGCCGGUGCCAGCUACCGCAACUAUGUCAAGAUGAUUCCAUCUACCGAAAAGGGGGUCUGGACCGGUGAUGUAUAUAUCCUGCAGGGCGAAAUUAUCGUUGGCAUGGUUGGACAGAUCAAGUUCCGGCAGUUCCCGCGUCUGCUCAUGGACCGUUUCUUUUCGCCCAACAAAGGUGGCCACGCGCCAACCGAGACGAAACCUACUGCGUCUGUUGUUCAGCCAGCUAGAGAAAUUCAGCCUGUGCCUGUGCCAAAGACGGUUGUUGCUCCUGUUCCAGCUACUGCGGUUGCCCCAGCAGCGCCGGCUGUGCUGGAAGCAGCAAAGCCUGUACCUCCUCCUACGCCCGCACCUGCUCCUGUGGCCGAUCCCAAGAUUGAAGAGAACGCCUUGAUUGCCAACAUAAUGGAUCUUAUUGCUGCAGAGACAGGUCUUGGCAGUUCGGAACUUACUGACAGCACCCAAUUGGCCUCGAUUGGAGUCGACUCCCUGAUGGCACUUGUGCUAGUUGAAAAGUUCAAGGCGCAGCUACAGCUAGACAUUAACAGUUCUCUCUUCCUCGAGUGUUCGACAAUCGGAGAGUUCAAAGAAUGGAUUGAAGAGAAUAGAUAG